CCGUUGCUUGGCUGCUCCGCGGCGCUGCGAUGGCGGCCGGCUCUGUGCUGGCGGAGCUGGCGGCCGAUCCGUGCGGCGGGCCCCGGGAGCCGUGCUGUGUGGUGGCGGGGUGCUCCUGGCUCUGCGCGCCGCCGGACGGCCUGGCCCGGGCGCUGUGCCUGAGGCGGGACCCGGGCGGCGGCGAGGCCGGCACCGAGGCCGUGGUGGUGGAGCGGCGGACGGGCGGCGGGAGCGCGGCGCCCUGCGUGCUGCAGCUGGAGUGCCGGCCGGCCGGCGCCGGGGAGAUCGUGUCCGUCGGUAUCGUGAGCGAGGCCCGUAACAUGGAGGUGUACGUGGGAGAGGAGUACUGCGGCACCGGCCGAGGCGAAAGCGUGGGCGCUGCCCUGCCCUCGGGUGAAACCGAAGAGGUUACUUUAUACAAAAAGUACCUUAAGUUUGAAUGCCCUGCAGCUUCCUGUAGAAUUAAGCUGCUCUCCAUUGGUGAGAAACAAAGAAUACUCAUCAGUAAAAUAAUUGUACAAGUGAAAACGGUGUCUGCAAAAGUACCAACUGAUUUUCCUUCACUAGGCUCGAGCAUAGAUCUAGACAGAGUGCAAACUAUAAUGGAGUCAAUGGGAUCUAAGUUGUCUCCAGGUGCUCAGCAGCUCAUGGACAUGGUCCGAUGUCAGCAGAAGAACAGUUCACCUUUUGGAGACAAACUGAAUUGGAUUGUCUUGGGGAAAAAUGCAGACUGUGGGGGUGACCGUGCAGUAGAUGGAUUGCACAGUGCUGCUCUUCAGCCAUCACUGGAUCCAUCAGCCAGUGAACCUUUGCCUGUUAAAAAUCAUUUAACAAGUGACACAGAACAUGAAGACUUAAAAAUAAGCCAUGAUCUAAACACGCAGGUGCCUGAAAGAGAGAAUACUUCUGAUUCGGAAAGACUUACUACCCAGCAAAGUACAGUUGACCUCGGAGAUGAUUUUAAAUUGGUGGGAUCUUUGCAUAUGCAGGAACAAGAGAGUGGAACCCCAAAUGUAGCUACUCCGCAGGUGCUGCUUCCUUUCCUUCAGAACUUGUGCACUCAGGUAAAUCACCUUCGGCUGAAGGAUGGCAACAGGCGCUCUGGUAAACUUGCAGUGGCUAAGGAGGAGGGCAUUCAGUGUGUGGGAGUGGAACAACAGCCUAUUUGCUCCUAUUUGGAAAAGAUGAUCUCCAAAAAUAUGGAUCUGAUGGAGAAAAAACUAAUGGACUAUAUUGAUCGCCAAAUUCAGGCUCUUCAGACACAUAUAGAUAAUAAAAUGGUUCUCUUAAUGGACCUGGUUCAGAACUCUCAGCCAAACAAAAUUUCACAAGCACACUAUGAUUCUAAUGGAGAGAGAUAGAUGUGUGUAGGUAGAGGACUUCAAGAGAAGGACUUUCAGGGCAGUUAUACCUUACAAAGCUCAGUAUUUAUGGAGUUAGAACUGUACCGAUCUUCAGUGUUGUUGACUUGCGUUUUGUUACUCUAAUUCUAUCCACUGUUGCACACAGUUUUAUGAAAGAUCUUAAGAAUGUGUUUUUCCUAAACAUGAGAAUUUUGUAUGCCCUUUGUGACUUAUUUAUUUAACGAGCAUUACUAAAAGCUGUAUGAAACACACAGUUUCCCAGUUUCAGUUUUAACAAUGGAGAAGUAAUCGAAAUAAACCGAGUUACAGCUUUUCUUUCUA